AUGGCGACGGCCCAGAAUGCGGAGAGCGAGCUGUCGAGCUCCUCCGAGCUCGUGCUAACGUACCCCUCGCCGGCGGUGAGGGGUGCCCUGGAGCUGAGAACGACGGACCUGGAGAGACUGCUUCCAGGCGCAUGUCUUAAUGACACUAUAAUUGAAUUUGGUUGCAAGACCAUCUUUCACGAAGUUCUGAGUGAAGAACUGGGCCGCGCCACUCAGCUCUUCAGUCCUCAUUUUUAUAGCUGUCUUACCGGGGCUCUCGGCGCUUCGGCUCUUACCACGCCAGAGCUGUCUAUAGGAGCGUUACGACAUGAGCGAGUGAGAAGAUGGACGCGUUCAGUGGACGUCUUCACAAAGGACUACAUAGUCGUCCCGGUCAACGUCAGGAACCAUUGGAUUCUGGUCAUCAUAUGCUUCGCAGGACGCGCCCUCCCACAUGAACAGGCACCACACGAAAUUCCCAACGCUUACAUCCUCGUCUUCGACUCGCUGAGAGGGUACGUCAGAAACUUGGAUGAAAUAGCGAGGAAUUUACGCGGUUACCUCUCGGAGGAGUGGAAGAGGAAACGGGAAUCCGUUCUUGUGUUCACAGAAGCGAACAUGCCGCUGUACGUUCCGCUAACGCCGCAGCAGACGAACAACACGGACUGCGGCGUCUAUGUUCUGAUGAACAUAGAAGCUUUCUUCCGCAACGCGCCCAAGAACGGCGAACCUGUCGAAAUGAACCGCAACCUCUUUUCAUCGGGACACGUGGCACUAAAGCGGACAGCCAUGAGCCAGCUCAUUAUUCAGUUACACGAGAAACAGCAUCCCGGGUCGGACUUACGUUCCAAGUGGCGUGUGAGGGCUGCAGGCACUGAGCUCCAACACGAGACCCCCGAGACUGCGAGCGCAGUGCUUCCUCCUGCUGGCGUCGUGCGUCGCAGCAUCCGCAGGAGAACCCCGGCGAAAAUGUGCCAUCUGCCGUACUGCGGCUGAAAAGCAGCGCUCCUGUGCGACCUUGGAGGCCACGAGCACAGUGCCACUUGAGAAAGCAUGAGUGAUACGUAUUUACCGGAGAGGGGGGGGGGGGAGGUGAGCCACCUUACACGGUUUUCUCAAGAAGCAACGGUUUAUUCAUUACCUAUAAAAACAUUGUUUUUGCUGUCGGAAUUUCUUUUUCUUUUUUGGUAUGCGGGCGUCAAUGGUAGGCGACCGUCAAUUCUUUGACGAAGGAGGGCUUCUUUUUAGACGUGUUUUUGAUUGAGCGUAUUUUAUCAAUGCUAAUGUUAUUUUGUCUUUGAGUGAACUAUAUAUCUUCGUAUGCUAUUUCUUGUGCAAAUAAAUUUUAACAGUGCAGUGACUUUCUUUUUGCUUUCUUUAUCGAGGCAUUUGGUAAUGUUACCUGAAUCGGUCGGUCUCUGAUGCGUUCGAGUAAGGUAGUGCAAACUGUGGUGUGGGCAUAAACCAGCAGCGCCUUCAUUAGAGGGCACCGGUGCGUACUUGAGAGCGUCGCCCCGAGCUCAAAAAGCUGUGGCAGGGCCGUGCGAGUAGCACUUGCUUUCACAGAGGUGAUAGGUUUCGGAUCGCGACAGUGCUUCUUGCGGCAGUUCACGCGUCAAAAUGACAGCUACCCUGCAGGAAAAAAAAAAUCGCAGUUUCGCCAGAAAGGCGAAGCAUUGGUAGCGAUAGCAUUACACCACUACACGAACUAAGGUUCGUAGUUUUACCGGCCGUAUUAAUUCCAGUUAGUAUUCGCUUACUAAACAAAUUAA